CCUGCUAUACGGUAUUAUGAACAGUGUAUUUCUGUCCGACAGGGUUCAUGGGAGACGAGACGAGGAUUGUUCUGGUAGGGAAGACCGGCGUGGGGAAGAGCGCAGCAGGAAACACCAUCCUGGGCUGGGAAGCCUUCGAGUCGGAGCUGUCUUCGACCUCCCUGACGACCGACUGUCAGAAAGCCAAAGGGUGGGUGGACGGCCGGCCGGUGGCCGUCAUCGACACUCCGUCGCUUUUCGACACAAACCUCAGCCAGGAGGAAGUGCAGAGCAAGAUUAACGGGUGCAUUUCCCUGUCGGCUCCGGGUCCUCACGUCUUCCUGGUGGUCCUGCAGCUGGGCCGCUUCACCCAGGAGGAGAAAGACACCGUCCGGAUGAUCCAGACCACGUUUGGGGAGGAUGCAGCCAGAUACACGAUGGUGCUGUUCACACACGGAGACAAGCUGGAGGAGGACGAAACCAUCGAAGGCUUCAUCUCCAAGAGUCCCGACCUGCAGGCCUUUAUUCAGAGUUGCUCCAACAGAUACCACGUCUUCAACAACGAUGUUAAAGACCUCGAGCAACCCAGCCAACUGCUGUACAAAAUCGACUGGAUGACGACGGCCAACGAUGGAAGCUACUACAGCAACGACAUGUUCAUGAGGGCGGAGGCCGCCAUCGAGGAGGAGAAGGAGCGACUGUUGAAGGAGAUGGAGGAGGAGAGGCAGAGGGAGCUGGAGGAGCUCAGGGUGAGAUACUCGGAGGAAAUGUACCACCGGGCGGAGGCCGAGGUGAACCAGAGGUACGAGGAACAAGCCCGGAGUGACGCAGAGAGGUGCAACAAAUUCAUCACCUCGUUGACCACGGGCUACGGCACCGCCAUCGGAGCUGCCCUGGGCCUCCUAGCAAGUGCGAUUGGGGGGAUGACCAUGCGAGUCUGGGAACGCUGCACUAUGCAAGCUUUGCAUGGUCAGGCUCCACCUUACAUCAGCGAUCUGAUCCAGCCCUACACCCCAGCUCGGGCUCUGAGGUCUGUGGAUCAGAAUCUGCUGAUGGUUCCUCGUACUCGCUUCCGGACCAGAGGAGACCGAUCCUUCCAGGCCGUUGCUCCCAGGCUUUGGAACGAUCUUCCAGUCUCUCUGCGUUCCAUGGAGUCUGUUGAUCCUUCAAAAGGGUGUCAAUUUGGACGUGACAAGAGGCCACGGCGAGGUGCUGGUUCCACCCCCAGGUGCAGGUUCCACCCCCAGGUGCUGGUUCCACCCCCAGGUGCUGGUUCCACCCCCAGGUGCAGGUUCCAGCAGAAAACCAGGAGGAAGGAGGUUCAGUCAGCAGGAGACGACGGGAUGGGCGGUUCUGGAUCCAACAUGUCCGGGGGAAACGCUCAGGGGUUCAUGGGAGACGAGAGGAGGAUUGUUCUGGUAGGGAAGACCGGCGUGGGGAAGAGCGCAUCAGGAAACACCAUCCUGGGCUGGGAAGCCUUCGAGUCGGAGCGGUCUCCGUCCUCCCUGACGACCGACUGUCAAAAGUCCAGAGGGUCGGUGGACGGCCGGCCGGUGGCCGUCAUCGACACUCCGGGACUGUUCGACACAAAGCUCACCAUGGAGGACGUGCAGAGAAGGAUGAAGAGCUGCAUUUCCCUGUCGUCUCCGGGUCCUCACGCCUUCCUGGUGGUCCUGCAGCUGGGCCGCUUCACCCAGGAGGAGAAAGAAACCGUCAAGGUGAUCCAGACCACGUUUGGGGAGGAAGCAGCCAGAUACACGAUGGUGCUGUUCACACACGGAGACCAGCUGAAGAACCAAACCAUUGAAGGCUUCAUCUCCAAGAGUCCUGACCUGGCCGCCCUCAUUCAGAGUUGCUCCGGCAGAUACCACGUCUUCAACAACGAGGUUAAAGACCUCACGCAAACCAGCAAACUGCUGGAAAAAAUCAACAUGAUGACGACGGCCAACGGUGGAAGCUACUACAGCAAUGACAUGUUCAUGAGGGCGGAGGCCGCUAUCGAGAAGAAGAAGGAGCAACUGCUGAAGGAGAGGGAGGGGGAGAGGCAGAGGGAGCUGAAGGAGCUCAGGGAGAAACACUCGGAGGAAAUGUACCACCGGGCGGAGGCCGAGGUGAACCAGAGGUACGAGGAACAAGCCCGGAGUGACGCAGAGAUGUUCAACAAAUUCAUCACCACGAUCUAUGGCACCGCCGUCGGAGCUGUCGUGGGCAUCUUAGGAGGUCCGGUAGGUGUGGCAGUCAGGGGCGUGGCCGGCACCGGCACCGGAGCUGCUGUCGAGAUGAAAGUCUCCAAAGGCUGCACUACACAGUGAAGACAACACGACCUUCCCGAUUCCUGGAAAGGUUCCACUUAGGAAAUCUGUUUUACUCUGGUGGGAUGAACCAACCCUACUUUCUUUAUUCUGAUACCACCUCCCAGUGUUCUGUCGAUCCAUGCUACCCGUCAAAAAAUGCUACUUUGUGGUUCUGCGCCACGGACAAGUUUGAUUGCCCAUAAUUUUAUGCAUCCCUUCAGUCCACGCUGCUGUUAAUGAUGAGUAACAUUCUCAAAACCCCUAAGAAGAUAUAUAUUUAUAUACAUACAAGCCAGCAGAGAUAAUUUUAGAUAUUUUGUGGCAGUGAGGUGAUUAGUAUCUUACCUGAAUGCAUUAAAUUAUUUGAUAGGAUGUUACUGGACUAUCAAAUGCUGCUACCCCUGAUAUAUUGAUUUAAAAUUGAUAAUAUGGGAUGUUGAGUAUUUGAUCCUUCAAAAUAAACUACCCAUGACAUGAAUUCAUUACACUUUGGGAACAUUAUACGAUAAAGAGAAAAUAAAAUAAUUCUACCGUUUUAUUUGAUAUUCAUUCAGUCAUUGGCCUUUAUUUAACCAGCAGGUCAUUAAUAACAUUCUUAUUUACAAUGACGGCCUGGCAAGAGACAAGGAAGUGUUUAGGGAGU